AUGAAGAUGCAGAGCCUUCAAAACCUGCUGAACAUCCUCUGUAUUGCUCUGAUCUGUGUGACCAGUACAGCAGCAGUGAUCCAUGUGUCUGGAUAUGAAGGGAGAGAUGUUAAUGUUUCCUGCUCCUAUGGAGAAGGUUAUGAGUCCUAUGAGAAAUACCUGUGCAGGGAUGACUGUGGCGACAGUGAUGUUCUGGUUAAGACUACAGAAGCAAAGAAGAACAAAUACUCCAUCUAUGAUGACAAAGAGAAACAAGUCUUCACAACGACCAUCUCUGAUCUGAGCUCUGUGGAUGCUGGGAAAUACUGGUGUGGGGUGGCCAGGACUGGAAAAGAUACCUACACUGAAGUAAGACUGGAAGUAGUGCCAGACAGCUGCUGUGAUCGUUCCACCAAUAUUCAAGGUUAUGAGGGAGGUUCAGUGUCCAUCAGUUGUUCAUAUGAGUCUGAGGACCAGAACAACCUGAAGUACAUCUGCAGAGGAAAGCAGCCCUCCACAUGUCUGCAGCAGGCACUAAUCACCUCUGACAACACACACAAUGCACAGUUCAGAAUUACUGAUGACAAGGAGUCAAGGAAAUUCACAGUGAAUAUUACCAGUUUGACCCAAGAGGAUUCUGGGUCGUACCUUUGUGGCGUCCAUAGAAACACUGGCCUGGAUGUUUUCUCUGCUGCUGAGCUGGAAGUCAAAGAGUGGUGCUGUGUGAAAUCAAACAUACUGACUGGCACUAUGGGACGUCCAUUAACUAUGCAGUGUCCCUAUCCACCACAACACGAGACAAACAGGAAGUUCCUCUGUAAGGGAGACCAGCGCAACAACUGUACAGACAUGGUGACGAGUCAAACCUCAGGCCAGACUGACCUCAGGUUCACACUGCAAGAUGAUGUUUCUUCCAGCUCUUUCUCAGUGACGAUCACAGAGCUGAAAGCAGAUGAUGCUGGGACAUACUGGUGUGGUUCAGACUCACAGUGGAGUCCUGGAAACUACACCAAGAUUCAGCUGUUAGUAGUCUUUCUGAUCAGCACCGUGGAAACUGUCAGAUCACAAUCAACCCAUGUCUCUGGCAAACAAAUCAAAGAUCCGUCUCUCUUUCACUCUGUGGUUUUCAUUGUGCCUGCUGUGCUGCUGGCCGUACUCGUAUUUGCCCUGGUUAUACUUUGUAAAUACAAAUGUUACAAAGAGCAAGGAGGUGGAGUCAACAUGAACAGAAACAGGACCAAGGCAGCAGAUGCAGAGGAAGCGAUGGGUGGAGCAGAUAUUUAUGAAAAUCCAGAAGCUGCAACAUGCUCGAAGAAGAGGAGCUCCAGACAACAGAGCACCUGUCACCAGAAUGAUGAUACAGGUGGAGACCAACAAGACUCUAUUUAUCAAAACUUGGUACCAACAGAAGACAUCUACUCUACUCUCUUUUACAGUAAAGGUGAUAAGUGAGAAUCUUGCAUUGUUUCGUCACAUUUGUACCCAUAAUUAUCCUGUUUGUAUUUUCUUUAACAUUAACAGCUAACCAACACAAACCACCACUGACUGAAAACUUUGUUGGCCUUUGUGUUUAUCUUUCAGAAUUUGUUUUAUAAUUACCAUUACACAUAUUUCAGUACUUGCAUUUUCCUUGAUUCAACUUUGAUUUCACACUUUUGCUUUACAUUCAUUAUGGUGCUUACUGUUUAAAUAACAAACAGUUAACCACCCCUGCACUCCUUGUAAAAAACUGAGAAAAUCCAUUUCGGCUAAAUAACAAAAAUGUAACUUACUUACAUGCGUAUGUUUACCUGUGGUAAAAGUGAAUCAAUAAACAAAACAAAGAAAAUCCAGUCUUUACAAAGUUAUCACUGAAUCGAUUCAUGAGGAUUGUAUUUUGUAAUAUAUACAUGAAAUAUAAAAACAGUAUCACCAGAUUGUUAGUGAGUGUCAGAUUUUUGAUGGACUGAAAUAAAGUGGUGGAAAGUAACAAAGUACAUUUCAAAUGCUGUUAAGAACAUAUUUGAGGUAGCUGUGUUUAUGCUUAUUGUAUAAGAGUUUACAUUUCCUCUCCACUACUUGUCAGAAGUAAAUUCUCUAAAUGUAAAGGAAAGGAGCUUCAGUGCUUCCUAUCUUAUUACCUUUAGCACAGGAUUCACUGAACCUUCAUUUACAAAAGGAAAGGAGAGAAUGACACCCCACAAUUCCCUGCAGCAGCAGCAUUAAAAGCAGUGCACUAUCGUAGUUUCACUGAGGCAGAUAACACGCAUGAAGAUGCAAUAGAGCUCCUGUGUUAUGUUUGUGACACGAUCCAAAAACGUUUCUCUACUUAACAAACGUAUAAACUAUAUAUUUCUGUCUGAAUAUAAUUUACUCUGGAACCUUCAGUUUCUUUUUUAUCGUUAUUUUGAUGGCUCAACUUUUUCAACUUGUAUACUCCUUUCAUGUUAUUAUAUUAUUAGUGUUGGACAAGAAACCUCAUUGAAUUGUA